CUACAUAAUAUUAUUAAUUGCCAAUUGAUGUAAGCGUUACAAGGAAGUGAAAAUGUAAACAUGGCCAACUGGCAACAAGUUCUUGCUCUGGACGCAAAAUAUAAUGCUUAUCGUGCCCCAUAGAAUCCACAGUUUAGAACAUUAUAUAUCAAAAGAAGGAGCCAGUUGUUGAGAGAAAAUGCUGCUGCUGCAGAUAAAGAUCCUACUUUGAGACGAGACUAUCUACAUACCAGAGCCAGACUGCUCUCGGCUAAAUAUGGCAGUCCAGCUAUCUCUGACCAAGGGAGUAUCAAAAGCCGGUCGUUCAGUUUUGGAGGCAGAAGUAUUAGUAAAUCUACUAUCGAGAGCCUUGAUCCCAAGCUCACUGAUACAAGAAAGUAUCAUAGACGGCAGCGUAGCAGCGGCAGUGUCAAGUUCAAUCUCGAUGGACCAAUGAAAAGAGUUUAUGACAGUAUAGAAGUUGUACCAACCAAAGAAGCAGAGGCUAGCAGAGCAAUGGCUGGUGGGAAGUCUGUAUCAGAGAAUUAUGCAUUUGCUGGCAUGCACCAUAUCUUUGAUCAACAUACAGAUGCAGUAACAAGUGUAAAGUUUGCCAAUGAUGAUAAGAGUCGAGUUGCAUGUUCCUCUGUGGAUGGUACUCUGUCAGUAUGCCAGGUGAUACCCCCUCCUGCCACAGUGAUCUGUAUGCUGAAAGGCCACUCUGAUGCUGUCUCUGAUUUUCAGUGGUCAUUGUCAAAUGACAUUAUCUUGUCUGUGUCAUUUGAUGGCACGGCUAGACUGUGGAAUGUGGCAUCAGGAGAAUGUAUACGUACCAUCAAAGAUAUCACAGGGGCGGAGCUACAUUCAUGUCUCUUUCAUCCAUUGAAUAAUAACAUGUUUGUUACGGGGAACAGUAAAUGUUUUGUACAGAUCAUCAAUGUUUCUACAGGGAAAGGUUAUAAGGGGGGAAGCUGUAAGAUUACAGGUAUGGCAAUGUCAUUGGCCUUCGACCCAACAGGCAGAACACUGUGGGUAGGUGAUGAUAAAGGGUCACUGUCAUCAUUCAAUGUAGAUCUGACUAAUGGAAAACUUAUCAGAACCAGAAGGGUUUCUGUAUGUGAGGGCCAUGCUAUAACAAGUAUAUGUGCACGUGCCUGGGUGAGCAGGGAGGCACGAGAACCUUCACUUCUAGUCAACUGUGCUGUCAACUCCUUGUGCUUGUUUAGAAUCUCCCCAGAUGGUAGCCUCAAGUUGAAGCAACGAUUUUCUAUCAGACAGAAACAUGCACGAGUCCGCAGCACAUUCUGCCCUCUCAUGUCUUUCAGACAGGGGGCUUGUGUCAUAUCUGGUAGUGAGGACAUGUGUGUUUAUUUCUUUGACAUCGGUAAAGAAAAGAAAGCUUGUGUUAACAAACUGCUGGGACAUUCUGCGCCAGUGCUGGAUGUUUGCUUUAAUUGUGAUGAGAGUUUAUUAGCUUCUUGUGAUGCACAAGGAAUGGUUAUUAUCUGGAAAAGGGAGGGAAAACAAGGGGUCUUAUGAUGAAAAAUGGAGCAAACACAAGGGGUCUUAUGAUGAAAAAUGGAGCAAACACAAUGGGUCUUAUGAUGAAAAACGGAGCAAACACAAGGGGUCUUAUGAUGAAAAAUGGAGCAAACACAAGAGGUCCUAUGAUGAAAAAGUCUAACAUAAAAAGAUAUUUUCCAAAACUACACUCGAGGAUAGGAGAUUGAUUGAGUUUUAGAGUAGUCAACUCACAGAAGGCUAGUAACAAACAAAGAGAGAUCAUACACAAGUGCAUGUAAUAUGAAUGUAGAAGGGAGAUUAAGUCCUGGAAUAUCAGUUAAAAGAGGACACUGCAGAGGAAAUAGGCCAGGACAAAAAGGAAACAAAAAAAAUGGAGGAAAUAUGACAUAUUUCAAUAAAAAAGAAUGAUAUAAAGGCAUUUAAAAUGUAGCACAUGUUGCUGUGUUGACUGCAUUAUUCAGUCCUCCGCAAGGUUUAAUUCUGUUUUCAAAUUCAAAUUUAUAUCAUAAUUAGCAUGGCACAAAUAUGAAUGAUGCAAUAUUGUGAGAAUAAAUUAUGUGCUCGAAAAA